AUAAACGAAGUUCGCAGUCGCGUUGGGGGUUAGAACCUCAUUGGAAUAACUCAAAAUCUUCAGAUGCACAAAAACUUAUUAAUGCUAGAAGUGAAACAAUCUUGGAAAAACCAACGUUUAAGCCUUACGCCCAGUGUAACAGAUGCGUGUUGCCCGCGGAAGGAUUUUUUGAGUGGCAAAAACAAGGCGUCAAAAAGCAACCUUUUUACAUUCGUAGAGCAGAUGCAAAGUUGCUAUUGAUGGCUUGUAUAUAUUCACGAAGUAAGAAACACCAGUCGAAAGAGCCAAUAGAAACCUUUUGUAUUCUCACGUGCAAGAGCACUAAAGCGCUUCAUUGGUUGCACGACCGCAUGCCAGUUGUUCUUGAAGAUACGGUUGUUGAGAAGUGGCUUGAUUAUUCACUUGAAUACUCUGAAGUUCAGAAAUACUGUGUUCCUUAUGAAGGAGAUAUGGAGUGCUACCCCGUCGAUCCUGCAAUGUCCAACCCGACUUUUGACAAUGUUGACGUUAUAAAACGUUGGAGUUGCAAAUCGAUCCGUGAUUAUUUUUUGCACACAGAACAACAGAAUUCCCCGGAAAAAUUAAACAGUAAACGGAAGACGUGGACGCAUAAAGAUGAGUUCCAAGUAAUAUUACUGGUCCUAAGUUUUUUUUAAUUACCCUGAGACUGG